UCUUAAGCAAGUUAAAAUGUUUGAAUUUGAGAAUGUUUAAAUAUUAAAUGUUUAGAAACUUCUGACGGACACUCGAACUGAAAUCAGACUGUAACGGAAAUAGUAUUUCGCUUAAGCAAACUUUAAAAAACGUUACUAUUUUUAUUUUGGUAUCAUAAUUUCCGGUGCACGCAGGAAAUGGCAACAUCAGUCUUCGCUCACGUCGAAUGUUGCGCUAACCUUGAAAUAAAGCUCAAGAAAGUGUAAAGAAAGUUGCUGAAAUAAAAACCGUUUUGGACAAAAGUGAAUAUUGAUGCCUUCUGAAAUCUGUGCAUCCUGACCUUACUGAUAUGAAGUCUGUGACUAGAAAGAAGGAGCUAGAUUAUGGACCAGACAAAUCAUCACGUUUGACGCUUCAGGAGUCUUCUGUGGGAGUUCCAGGGUCAGAGUCAAGCGAGGAGGGGCCAUGUCCUGCCAAAAAGAGUGUAGAAAUCUUGCUACUGAGCCCAGUGGAGGAGGCAGUCAAGGGCUUUUGCUGUAGACUGAAAUAUGAAAAGAAAUCUAAUCACCUGUCAGAUAAAACUCCUUCAAAUCCUGAUGCCAAACUUUUCAUUUCUCAGCCUUCCAGCAGCAGCAAAACAAAAAAAUUCAGGUGUAAGCUGUGCGGCAUUGAGUAUUGCCGCAGAGCAAACCUGGUGUCUCACAUGCGAAUACACACAGGUGAGAGUCCAUACUGCUGUAAAUUCUGUGGCAAGGCUUUCCGACGUUCAGACCACCUCAAGUUGCACGUUAAAAUCCACACAGGUGAGAAUCGACUGAGACCCAAGCCCUUUGUUUGCGAACAGUGUGGGAUGAAAUUUGGUUGCUCAAAAUCACUUCAAAAUCAUAUGUGGAAACACAGCGGAGAACGGCCGUACGCCUGCUCGGUCUGUGAGAAAAGAUUUUUCAAUGAAGGCAUUCUUCUUAGACAUGAAAAUGACUGUCACUCAUUAGAAAAAGCAUUCGUUUGUUCUCUGUGUGGACAUGGCUUUGCACGCUUGUAUACACUUGAGAAACACACACGAAUUCACACGGGAGAGAAACCUUUCACCUGUUCACAAUGUGGAAAGGUGUUUCGUUAUAAAUACUCACUGUUUAUGCACAAUAAACUGCACUCGGGCAAAGAGUGACGUGUGAUGCCAUUUAUGCAUACAGAAUAAAAUGUAUUGCCAAAAUCUUUCUAGUCCUUUUGUAUUGCUGAAUCUCAUUGCACAAAAGGAGGAUUUGUCAUGACAGAAGAAGAGAUACCAGAAAGGAAUGACAAUGUAAUUUUUGUAAUUUCUUUUAAAAAUAUUUUUUUCUUUUUGUCAGAUAUUUAGGUGUAGUCAGUCAGGCAACAAAAGACAACAAGGGUGCGACGAGUGACUGUGUUAGUGGCUAAGUUUGAUCUUUUCAGUUCAAAAUCUGUUAAAAAAAUUAAAAGGAAGAACAAAGUGACGUUUUCUAGGGAUCAGCUUGAGGUCUUAUAGGAUUUUUAUAUGAAUAAUAAACAAGUCCGUAAAUGGCAAAACAAUGCAACGUUAUGUCUCUUUUCCAAGGCUAAAGCUUAUCAUAGAACCGGUGUUGUGACUUGCUGCUACAGAGUAAAGUGAAACAGAAUGAAGAAUUUGCUAGCCAAAUGAAGCAAAACGAGCACGUUUGAGUAAAAGCAACUUUUUGACAAAUAAAACAAACAUUAACAUUUUAUCAAGACUGCAAUUUUUUUAUUGAUAUACAGUACAUAAGGGAAAAGAUGUGCGUUUUAAUC